AUGGCUGACAACAGCAGUGAUGAGUAUGAAGAGGAAAAUAACAAGGAGAAGAAGAAGCCCUCGCAGCUGACACCUCAACGGGGCUUCAGUGAAAAUGAUGAUGAUGACGACGAUGACUCCUCUGAGACGGAUACUGAUGAAGAUGAUGAUGAUGAAGAGCACGGGGCCCCUCUGGAAGGGGCCUAUGAUCCUACAGAUUAUGAACAUUUGCCAGUUUCGGCUGAGAUUAAGGAACUCUUCCAAUAUAUCAGCAGGUACACCCCUCAGAUGAUCGACCUGGACCACAAACUGAAACCUUUCAUUCCUGAUUUUAUCCCCGCUGUUGGGGAUAUUGACGCAUUCCUAAAGGUCCCACGUCCUGAUGGAAAGCCAGACAACCUUGGCCUGUUGGUAUUGGAUGAGCCUUCUACAAAGCAGUCAGACCCUACAGUGCUCUCUCUCUGGUUGACUGAGAAUUCCAAACAGCACAACGUCACAGUGAGCCUGCCUACGGCAGAGAUCGACUGCAGCCUGGCAGAGUACAUUGACAUGAUCUGUGCCAUCCUCGACAUCCCUGUCUACAAGAGUCGGAUUCAGUCCCUACACCUGCUCUUUUCCCUCUACUCGGAAUUCAAGAACUCACAGCAUUUUAAAGCUCUAGCUGAAGGCAAGAAAGCAUUCACCCCUCCAUCCAACUCCGCCUCCCAAGCUGGAGAUGCAGAGACAUUGAUCUUCAGCUGA